CGCCGCCGCCGCGCUCGCUGGAUCAGAUCGGCGGCAGGAGGACGCAGGAGGUGCGCGGGAACAGGGAUGUUUCUGCUUUUCUCAUGAAUUAUACUCAUCAGAUCCUGAACACGUCUGUGAAGGAACAUGGCCUUUUUCAAAAAUAACUUCUGGGGGGAGAAGAAUGCCGGGUUCGACGUGCUCUACCACAACAUGAAGCAUGGGCAGCUGGCCACGAAGGAGCUGGCGGAGUUUGUGCGAGAGCGGGCAGCCAUCGAGGAGACCUACUCCAAGUCUAUGAGUAAACUGGCCAAGAUGGCGAGCAACGGGAGUCCCCUGGGGACCUUUGCCCCCAUGUGGGAUGUGUUCCGGGUGUCUUCGGACAAGCUCGCCCUGUGCCACCUGGAACUGAUGCGCAAGAUGAACUCCCUCAUCGCUGACGUCAACAAGUACGGAGACGAGCAGGUCAAAGUUCACCGCAAGACGAAGGAGGAAGUCGUGGGAACGUUGGAAGCUGUGCAGACCCUGCAGGUGCAGAGCGGACAGCUGCAGAAGUGCCGGGAGACAUACAGCGGCAGGUGUGCGGAGCUGGAGCGCCUGCGCAGGGAAGGGGCGCCGCAGAAGGAGAUGGAGAAGGCGGAACUCAAGUCGAAGAAGGCGGCCGAGUCCCUGAGCUCCUGCGUGGAGAAGUACAACCGUGUGGGCAGCGACUUUGAGCAGAAAAUGCUCGAAUCGGCGCAGAAGUUCCAGGACAUUGAGGAGACCCACCUGCGGCAGAUGAAGCAGCUGAUCAAGGCCUACUCGCACUCCAUCGAGGACACCCACGUACAGGUGGGACAGGUCCACGAGGAGUUCAAGCAGAAUGUGGAGAACAUCGGCAUUGAGAACCUCAUCAAGAAGUUUGCGGAGCAGAAGGGGACGGGCAAGGAGAGGCCAGCUCCAGUGGGCUUCGAGGACUGUAGCAGCAGUCUGGUGUCAGACGGGGGCAAGAGGGUCCGAAGUAAAGCCUUCCGGAUCCCCGGACUGGGCAAGCGGGACAAGGAGCCGGAUUCCACGGACACCGCAGUUACCGACGCCCCCAACUCUCCGGAGGUGGACGAGGAGGGUUUCGUCAUCAGGGCUGAUGUCAAUCACAAUGGUUGCCCCCAGGACAAGGACGCCAGUUUCUUCUCCAGCGAUUCGGACUUCGAUGACGACGAGCCCAAGAAGUUCCGUAUCCAGAUCCGGCCGGUGGGCGCCGGCGCCGGCCGUAGAAACCCGCCGGCUGACGAGCGGGAGCUGAGGGCCACGGUGGGGGCGCUUACGCUGCCCCCCAACAGAGCGGUCUCGGUGAAGAGGCACCUUUCCAAGAACUCCAGCUGCCCGUCUGGCGCGCGCUCAGAGGACGAAGGAGACAGCGCCCUCUUGCGUGAUUCAUUCGGAGAAGCGGAAGGACUGCGGAGGUCGGUCUCGAGUCCUGACCACAGCAGACUGAGGUCGACGGCUUCGGCCUCCGAGUCGCUCUUCGGCCCUCCGCUGGAAUCUGCCCUCAAGUCGAGUCGCUUUGCAGAUGCUGCCUUCUCAUCCAACUCCUCCUCUCCAGAAAAUGUGGAGGACUCUGGUCUGGACUCUCCCUCCCAUCAGCCCCUGGGGCCAUCACCUGAGCCCAAUGGCUGGGCCGCCUGGCCGGUGGCCCCCCAGAGCAGAGAGCCGGUCAGCCUGAGUAGACCUUCAGACCCCUUCCUGACAGUAUUCCGCGACCCGUCCCCCGCGCGCGUCCCUGUCCAGCCGGAUGACCCUGCGGGGAUUUGGGCUCCUCCCACCCGCUGCCCGCGCGCUGCGCCCGACAUGGACCCCACCUUCCCCAACUUCCCUGCCUUCGGUUGCCCCCUGGCUCCGCCCGAGUUGGAGCCCCCUGUGUGGAGCUGUAAGCACAUCCCCCCUGAGGACCCCUUCCUCGCAGCCUUUGAAAGGACUGCUGCCCCCGAGGCGCCACCCGCUUCGGAGCCUUGGGCCCCAGCGCGGCCCCGCCUCAGCCGGGAUGGGCGCGGGCUGGACGGACAGGGCGACCCCUUCUCCGUUACCCUCGGUGACGGCAAGGCUCUCGCAGGUUCCUCGUCAACUUCCCAGAAGGACAGGGAGCGGGACAGGGAGCGUAAGAGGAGCAUCCCCCUGCUGGACUCCCCCGAAGACCCCUUUGCCAUCACUAUGAUUGGCAGCCCCACGCACCAAUCGGCGCUGGCCGCAGCAGUUGCCCAGGGUAACGCCCCCAGCAACAGCAGCAGUACCAGUACCAGGCUGCUUCCCGCCUCUGUCUCCGGCUCCGGUUCCGCCUCGCGGCCCAAAAAGGACCUGGUGCGCUGGAAUUCUGUGCAUAACCCUUUCAGCGAGUCGCCCUCGCAGCCUGCGACGAUGCCCCAAGGGGCGGGAGGCGGGCGGGAGGCGGCGCGGAAACAGCGGGCAUCCGAAGGGGAGCCGCGACGGAACGGCGUGCCCCUCACUCGACAUUCCGGGCCGCAGGAGGACCUGUGCUUCUCAACCGACAACGACCAGAACUGCCUGAGCCUGGGCAUGCAGGUGGCAGCGCCUCGGGGCGGGAGUUCGCAGUGUAAAACAGGCACACCCCCGGCCGCGAGGCGGGACAGCGCAGAGCUGUUGGCGGUGGCACCGACCCGGCCCUCGCGAUCCAAGCGGACCCACGGGGGCCGGCAGGGCGGCUGUGAGCGGUCCAGGUCUUUGUGUUCCUCACCGCUCCCGGGUCCCAGUCCCACCUUGACCACCUCCUCCUCAUCCUCCUCCAGCCCCAGUGACUGGGGCGGACAGACGUCCACCCCUCGCGCCCCGAGCCCUGCUAGAGGUCUGUCCCGGGGUCCCAGCCCCAUCACCUUGAGCACCCAGGAAUCCUGGCCCGUGGCGGCCGCCAUCACCGAGUACAUCAACGCCUACUUCAAGGGUGGCGAGCACAACCGCUGCCUGGUGAAGAUCACCGGAGACCUCACCAUGUCCUUCCCCGCUGGGAUCACCCGCAUCUUCACGGCCAAUCCCAACGCUCCAGUCCUCAGCUUCCGAUUGGUCAACACCGGGCGAGUGGACAGCUUCUUGCCCAAUCAGAAGCUGCUGUAUAGCGACCCCUCGCAGAGCGAUCCCGACACCAGGGACUUCUGGUUCAACAUGCAGGCGCUUACCUUCCACCUUCAGCGGGAGGCCGAACUGAACCCUCAGGCCUCCUACUACAACAUCGGGCUGCUCAAGUACCAGCUCUCGUCCCAGGACCCCGGGUGCGCCCCGCUGCUGCUGUCGGCGGAGUGCCAGCGCAGCGGCACGGUGACGCGCGUCUCCCUCGACUACCACUGCUGCCCCGUGACGGCCCCUUCCGCCCAGCUCACCAACGUGCAGGUGCUGCUGCCCCUCGACCACACCGCCACGGACCUGCAGUGCCAACCCCCCGCGGCAUGGAACCCCGAGGAAAGGCGUCUGUUAUGGAAGCUGUCCAGUCUGUGCCCCACGAACCACAGCAAAGGUUCGGGAACCCUGUGCGCCAGCUGGCAGUGCCUGGAGGUGCCACGGGGCCCCCCUCCCAGCCUGGUGGUGCAGUUUGUGGGUUCGGGGGCCUCCCUGUCAGGUCUGGAUGUGGAGCUGGUAGGAAGCCGGUACCGCAUGUCACUGGUGAAGAAGAGGUUCACCACAGGGAAGUACAUGGCCGGUUGCUCGAUGUAAACGGUGGAAAUGAAGCCCGGACCCUUCCGCAUAUGCUGGGGGGGGGGGGCAAGACCACUGAUAGCACUUUCUUCUCCCUUGUGACUCAACCCCACCCUCAACCUUGCAACCUCUGCCCAAACAGCCUCCCCUGUCCGGUGGGGGGAGGUACUGCACUCACCUGGGAUGGACCCCCCCCCCCCCGCCACCCACACCCGCACCCUACUUCCUGUUUCUUAGGUUCCCUUUGUACAGACCCGUUUGUGCCGUGUGCUUUGUGAAUAGUGUGUGCCUUUGAUUACCGUCACCCUUCAAACGCUGGAUGUCACUAGUUUGUAUAAAUUAUAUAUAUCGAAACGACUUGUAUAGACACAUGGUACUCAUAACUGGAAUGGAACUGCCUUGAAAACUUGAAUUUUUCUAUUUACGUGCCCGAGGUAGAUACCGUAGUUUAUUGAAGACACGUGUGCGUUACAGAACACCUGUGACAUGUACUUUACCGCGGGGAAAGAAGUGUACACUUCUGCGAUGGUUUCUUUUGCACUGGGCAAACUUGAGGGUGAUGUUAAUAAUAAAAACUGCCACUUUUUACCAGAAAGAGGAGACUCGUGUUUCUCAUUCGACGUUUAAUUAAUAGAUAAAGCGAACCAAACAACCUUCAACACCAGUUUACCAUUUUUCCACGAGUACAAAACAAAUGAGAACAGUUGCAAUUACCGACAAUCGUCCGAGCUACUCGAAGCGUAGUCAAUAACGGGUUAAAAAUUUUAAAAUAAGUUUGCGGAACCUGGCAUAAAAACCAUAACUAGAACGAUACAAAAAUAACCCCUCGUCCCAAGUCGGACCAACGUUACAAAAACUAUGAAAAAGAUUACAUAUAAAGAACUAGAAAUCAUCCUUUGCCCGAAACGGAAGGGGGCACAACACCGACACGAGGACACGCCGUAUAAAUCGUAUAGCAAUAAAGGGCGAGAACCGGCGAAGGUCAUCCGAAGAAGGUUCCAGAAAGACCGCGCGAAGGCCGACGAUCCCCGCGGCGCGAGACGCGCGGGCCGUACCGACGGGAGCGGAAAGGCCACCGAUAAAUACAUUCAUUUUUCUCCGAAACAGCUCGAGAAAUUCAUGGUAAGUUGCUUUCAGAGUUUGGCUCUUUAGCUAAAAACGCCUCUUUUUACAGCUUUAACCGCUAUGCUAUGUAUAAAUAGAAGCUACAGCAGCGCUCUUGCUCUUUUGUUAUAGGCUGGUUUGCACGUCGUGUGGGUUCGGGGAAUUGCGCUAAAAAGGUAUUAUGGUGCGUCCCCUCCCCGUUUGCUGGUUAAAUGGACCUACCGAGGAGAGAUCAGACAAGCCAUGGCUCUGCUCCACUUGUAUCUCCUGCAGGAGGACGGCAAGACCGCGGGGUGGCGGCUUCUUGCAGCCUCGCGAGCUGCUCCUCGCGGCCGAGGGAACGCGGGGACUUCCCCCGGGGGGGGGUUGGGGUCGAAGCGCAAGGCACUGCAGGAGAUGCGGCCGAGCUCCGCGCGGAACUCGGCCCAGACCUUAGGAUUCUGUAUAAUCACGCGCCCGCCUUGGAGAAAGGAGAAAAGGGGGGGAAAAAAAAAAAAACUCGCUGGUGAGAGAGGAACCGUGGGGCCUCCGUGCGCGGGGACCUGGCGACUGAGGGAGAACACCGAUCAUUCACACCUACGGGAUCGUGGUGCUCCGAGUCCUCGAUCCCUCCUAUACAUUCAAACGAGAAACGCCAAGAGGCGCAAACUAUGGUUUAUCCAUGUAGCCGACGCCUUUCUCCAAAGCAACCGACAAUGUUACUUGGUGGUGUAACCGUUUGUACAGCUGGGUAAUUUUUUUUUACUGUAUCAAUUCAGGGUAAAUACCUUGCUCAAGGUUACCGCCGCGGGAGUUGUCAUUUGAACCCCGGUCCUCCGACCGCAAGGCAACAGCUCUAAGAGCAAAAGCACCUGCUGCUUCAGAGGAUGGCAGGGAGCACGGUAGAGCCAUGACGUUACAAGUAGAAGGUUGUGGGGUCGAAUCCCUGCCCCAUAAAGCCCUAAUUAAGGUCCACUACUCCUAGGCUCCUGCAGAAGAAUUUAAAAAAAAAAAAA